AUGCCCGCCGCCCAGAUGUUACCCGCCGAGCCAUUCCAAGCCUCGUCUACACCACUCGUGCAGGACGACCCGCAGUCUAAGGCGAUGGUUAUAGAUGGCCUUCCACCUCUGCCGCCUCUUGACGAGACGUUUCCUGCGACCCUGGCAGGAUGGCUCGAACGACGUCAAGAGGAAGACGAGCGAUGCCGUGUGGAGAACGAGCGUCGUCUGGAGGAAGACAAAGAGCGCGAAGAGCAGCUUGAGCGGCAAGGUAUCGAGUUCGAGCGACGACAUGUCGAGUUGGAGCAACAACAUAUCGAGAUGGAGCGGCGUCGCGUCGAGGAUGAGCGGCGUCGCGUCGAGGAUGAGCGACGACGCAUCGAGGUCGAGCAACGCUUGCAAUUCGAGCUCCGCCGAAUGGAAGACGAACGACACCGCGGGGAACAUCGACAACGCCAAGUAGAGGACAUGCUCGUCAGCAUGUGCCUCGACGCUUUGGUACAACAGGAUGCGUAUUUGCAGGAAGAGCUGAGGGCCUCACGUCUUGAGACGGAAGACGAGCGUAGAGCUCAUGCAGCCACAACGGAGCAGCGUGACGUGUUGCUCAGAGAGUUCCUCGCUCUAGUUAGAGAGCGCGACGAGAUCAUAGAGGAGCGGGACCUGGCGCGCGACGAGCGGGAUCGCGUCCGCGAUGAGAUCAGGCGUCUGCGUCAACAUGAAGUUGCACCGUCCUCAAGUGUUGGACAGAACUCGACGUGA